AUGCUACCUGCGGAAAAAUUAAAUGGAGAGAAUAAUGGAGUAAACCAAGAAAAUUCAGAAUCUGAUGAACAAGAUAACAGAUUCAUCAAUCAAGAAGACAUGGAAAAGCUGGAACUAGAAGAAGAAACAAGUUCAGAAACUGAGGUCUUCGGCUUAUCAAGAAAACACCUGGUAUCUAAUGAAGUCUCCCAUCAACACCCAAAUCAAAGCAACCCCACAAAACUUUAUUGGCUAGCUAAAAUCCUUACUGAAAUUAUCUCAAGGCUUCCCGUUAAAUCUCUCUUGCGAUUCAAGUCUGUUUUAAAAUCUUGGAGUUCUUUGAUUUCUAGCCCUGAGUUUACCAAAUAUCAUCUAAGUUUAUUAGCUAAUAAUAACAAAGACUACACUAUCCAUAGCGUUAUGUUGAGGAUAGCCCAACCAGAACUCAACCUUAAGGAAUGUCCUAUUAUGGAGGAAUCUAACUUGGAUUAUCACAUGAAAAACUCCGGUAUAGCUUGUGUGAUAGAGGGUUCUGUCAAUAGAAUGAUUUGUCUUGUAGAUGAGGCAAAGCAAUUGUUCCUAUGGAACCCAGCAAUAAGAAAGUAUAAGAAGUUUCCUGAUUUUAGAACUAAAUUGAAGGAUGAUGGUCAAUGCACAUAUGGUUUUGGAUAUGAUGAUAUCCAUGAUGAUUAUAAGGAGAGUGAUGCGGUUAAUUGGCACAG